CCUCUGCGGGAGCUGCUCAUUGGCCGUCGACACUCCCAGUGGCAAGGAGGACCCAUCCAUCCCUGGCAAAGACCAUGGUGACAUCCCCACCUUUGACGAGUGGAAGAAGAAGAUGAUGGAGAAGGAGAAAAGCCAGUCUGCCCACUCAUCAUCCUCCAAUGGCAGCCCUGUCGUCAUGAAGAAGGUGCAGAACUUUAAUAACUAUGCAUCGGUGGAAUGUGGAGCCAAAGUCCUGGCAGCGAACACUGAGGCCAAGAGCACCUCAGCGAUUCUCAUGGAGAACAUGGACCUCUACAUGCUCAACCCCUGCAGCAACAAGAUCUGGUUUGUCAUAGAGCUGUGCGAACCCAUCCAGGUGAAGCAGCUGGACAUCGCCAACUUUGAGCUGUUCUCUUCCACGCCCAAGGACUUCCUGGUGUCCAUCAGCGACCGGUAUCCGACCAACAAGUGGAUGAAGCUGGGCACCUUCCACGCCCAGGACAAACGCACGGUGCAGAGCUUCCCGCUGGACGAGCAGCUCUACGCCAAAUACGUCAAGACGUUCAUCAAGUACAUCAAGGUGGAACUGCUGUCCCAUUUUGGGUCUGAACAUUUCUGCCCCCUCAGCCUGAUCAGGGUGUUUGGGACCAGCAUGGUAGAGGAGUACGAGGAGAUCUCCGAGUUGCAGUUCCCUUCCGACCGAACCGAGGAUCUGGAUGAGGAUUAUGAUUUCCUUCCCGGCUACGUACCCGUCGAUGACAAAUCCUCCAAGAACCUGAUCGACUCUGCCACGGAUGCCAUCCUGAAUAUGGUGAACAACCUUGCGGUCAACGUGUUGGGGGGCAGUGCCACUCAGGACGGAAACGUGUCUGCGGAGGCUGCGAAUGUGACUGAUGAUUCCUCUGUGACAGAGACCCUGCUUAGCCUCCCCCCCACCUCCGUCCCAGAGAAUGAGACUGUGGAUCCGGAAUUGCCGGAUCUUCCUGAGGAUCCAGGGCCCCCCGUGCCAGAAGAGAGUCCGAUUGUGGUCCUUGUGGAGGAUGAGGAGGACGAGGAAGAAUCUGACCGGGUAACUGUGACUGCAGUGGAGCCUGAUGACCAGGAGGGGGAGCCCUUGACCUCAGGGGGGCCUGAUCCCAGGCAGCUGGAGAGCAACGCCCUCUGCAAGGAGCUCUCUGGGAUCUCCUGCCGUGCCACCUUUCUGGAGUACCUCCGCCUGUGGUGCUCCGUCACUCUGGGCCGGCGACGUAGGCGUCAGGGUGACAUCCACACCCCACCGACUCAACAUCUGGACCACACCGUGCAGCCACUUCCUGAGGAAGAAGCCACCUCCACCCUUGAGGAGAUUCCCGGGCAGACGGAGGUCCCCCACGGCCCUACUCAUAUGGCCGAGACUCCAGCCCUGGAGCCCAGCCAGUCCCCGUCUCCUCUGCUACAAGGCUUCAUCACUACAACCGGGACCAUCGGCACAUCUUCGGUUGAGAUGCCUAUGUCCUCAAGCCAGGAGCUCCUGGAGAAGGGGGCUAUGUCCUUGAGGGGAGGUGCUCAGGAGCAGCAGGAGAGCCGGACUCUUGACACCAGCAGUGAGGUCAGUGUCUCCAUCCGCAGCUUCUCAGAGGACCCCAGGGCUGACACUGAGCACCGAGGCACCACCACACCCACUCAAGUCCUCCCUCCUGAGACCCCCCUGGCCACGGAGGUGCCAGCUCCUCCAGGAGAUCCAGAGGGAGGCCAGGCUGUGCCUGGGGAGGCCCAGAAAGAGGCAGACUCUGCAGAGUCCCCGGAGCCGCCUCAGAUGCUCCCAGACAAACAGGAAGAGUCCCUGGAGGACCUCCUCAGUGUUACCUCCAGCAAUGGGCAGGUCCACCGGACCACCACAGACUUUUAUGCUGAGCAGAACUUCUCCGAUCUGGCCAAUGGGAACCAUGUGCAUGGAUCCAACCAGAAGGAGUCUGUCUUCAUGAGGCUGAGCAACCGCAUUAAAGCCUUGGAGAUGAACAUGUCCCUCAGCGGACGCUACCUGGAGGAACUCAGCCAGAGGUAUAAGAAGCAGAUGGACGACAUGCAGAAAGCCUUCAACACCACCAUCAUCAAACUUCAGAAUACCUCAAAAAUGGCGGAGGAGCAGGACCACAAGCAGACCGAGUCCAUCCAGCUUCUGCAGGUCCAGGUGCACAACAUCUCCGAGCUGCUCUUCAACCUGUCAGCCACGGUGCACAGCCUGCAGAGAGAGGCCUCCAGCCGACAGACCUACCUGCUGCUCAGCCUGCUCCUCUGCAUCUCCCUUGGGGUGCUGCUCUGCAUCCAGUGCUGUAGAGUCAUUGCUCCUCCGUUCCCAGAGCCUGACAGCAACGGCAUCUACUGGAGCCCUAAGAGGUGUUUCUCCUCAUAUGAUGACAUGAGCCUGUUGCGGAAGGUCCCCCGUCCCCUGGUGCGGUCCCGGUCGCUCCAGUUUUCCCCAGUUCCAGCUGACACAGAGCCUCUCAAGCGCCCUCCUGAGCACAGAAAGAAGAAGCUCCACACCACAAAGGUAGAGGGGGUGGAGACACUGCGGCCAUUGGUCCCAGCCUCCGCGCUGCCCAAUGGGGCUGCGCACUACAGCAGACUUCCGCGCGGCUUAAUGCGCGCCCCGGGGGUAGUGGACCCGACCUCCGAGGGCUCCUCCGAGGGAUCCUCCCACUCUGAGGAGUCCUACUUCUGCGGAAUCUCGGCCUCAGCCUGCAGCCGCCUCUGCAGUGGGCAGCCUCCCAUCAGGGGCAAGCCCGAGAGGCGGGGCUACAGACGGAGGCGCUCUAGACUGGCCGACACCUUGGCCACACCUCCAGGCGCACAGAGGGGGGGCCUUGCUGGCUUCCGGGUGCCGGCCCUUUCGGGACCUGUUUGACAGACUUCACACUCCCCUGUCUGAGCUGCAGAGAUGUGACUGGACAGAAUGGGGAGCGUACCAAUACCAGGGGAGAAGAGGGGUGGACUGAGACGUCCACCUUCAACAAUCCCUCUUGCUUUAUGUGCCUUCUCCUUCAGACCUCCCCAUCUCUUUUCCCCUCCUCCCAGACCAACAGCCCAAUCGAAUCUGGGCUUUAACCCCAGAACGUUCUUCUCACUCGCCUGUCCCCUCUCUCAUUUUAAAAAUGAACACCAUCCACUGCACUUGACAACAAAUAACUUGUCAUAACCCCCCCCCAUGGUAUAAUACCCACCUCACAACAACAGGCUUGCAGUAGUUUUAUGACAUUGCUGGGAACU